UUUUCCGCCAAUAUAAAGGUGUGUUUGGGGUAGUUCGAUAGCAUACACUUUUUGUUUCUAUUGUAAACACGUUCUGGAGAUUUUGUUGGGAUUUUUGCGGUGGUUUGGAUUUGAAUAAUGUGUGAGUCAUUGGCGUUGCCCGGACGAAUUUAAGUGAGCCGUUUGAGUAUUGUGUAAGCUAGUUGAAAAUAUGGCUGAUUUGAUACGUGUGAUGGGACCUAUCGGACCCCCUGUGAAGGAUAAGUUGGGAUCACCUUCCACGGAAUCCGAGGAUGGUGGCGGAGACAUUGCAGAACUGGCUGUUGACCUGGAGCUGGAUGAACCAGAUGGACCUAGUACUAAUGGAGAACGUCAAGCAAUACUAGCUCCUCCAGAGACAGAAUGGUAUCAUGGAAGGCUGGACAGAUAUACUUCUGAAGAACGCCUAUGGGCCGCUGGCAAACAUGGAAGCUAUUUAGUUCGGGAAAGUGAUCGCAAACCUGGCUCAUACGUACUGAGUUAUUUGGGCCGCACCGGAAUAAAUCAUUUCAGAAUAACAGCGGUAUGCGGCGACUACUACAUCGGUGGUCGCCAAUUCGAUUCCCUGGCAGAGUUAGUGGGGUUCUACAGCCAUUGCUCUGAUCUGUUGAAACGGGAGAGACUUGUAGAACCGGUACCACCUCCAGAACCUGUUAACGAUAAAAAGAGAGUGGUGGCUAUACUUCCAUACACGAAAAUGCCGGACACAGACGAGCUUACAUUCCAAAAGGGAGAUAUUUUUUUCGUGCACAAUGACAUGGGCGAUGGGUGGUUGUGGGUUACGGCUCAUAGAACGGGAGAACAAGGCAUGAUAUUUCGAGAACUUGUCGAAGACCUGGACCCCUCAAUCGAUCCAAACACGGUGUUUUCUUGGUUCCAUCCGAAUUGCACUAAGAGCGAAGCAGUUGACAUGUUGGUGAAAGCGGGCCCAGGUAGCUUCCUUGUCCGACCCUCCGACAACUCUCCAGGGGAUUAUUCGCUUUUCUUUCAUAUAAACAAUCAGAUACAAAGGUUUAGAAUUGAGAAGAAAGGAGUAAGGUAUCUCAUGGGCGGACGCACAUUUGAGUGUCUGGAUGCAGUGAUUAAUCGAUAUAGGAAGGAGCAGAUUGUUGAAGGACAUACUUUGGGACAACCACUUAUAGCUGAAGGUCACCAAAUAGAACCCCAACAAAACACCACAGGCGCCGCCGCAGAAAAGAUAUAUGCAACAUUACGAGAAUGUAGAGAUCAGAUUGGUCUAAAGAAGAUGAAAGGAAUAAAACACCAGGGAUAUCUUAACAAGAAAUCUGAUAAAGGAGCUAAGAAGUGGAAGGCGUUGUACUUUGUACUCCUGCAGGAAGGUACUGAUACACAUUUGUAUUUCUACGAUUCGCCGAAGAGAACGAAGCCAAAAGGAUUAAUUGAUUUGUCUUGCGCUUAUUUGUACCAGGUUCACGAAUCCCUGUGGGACCGUGAGUUCUGUUUCCAACUGGUAGAGCGAGCUCUGCCGUGCCUUUCUACGCACACCUUCUUAGCUGCAAACAGCGCGGCUGAGGAACGCGCCUGGCUGGACGCUUUACGUCCACUAUGCGUUCCGCAACAGGCACGCCAUCAGUGCAAGGUACCUCGCGUAGUGUGGCUACGCGCGCUUCGCAUUCGCUGCCUGACCGCACACCGCUUGCCGGUGCGCCUGGCGCCGCGGCCCUACCUGCGCCUAACGCUAGGCGCCGCACCCGUCGCGCGCACUAAGCCGAGACCUUCGCCGGACCCUAGAUGGGACGACGAGUUUGUUUUCGAUGACGUCCCUCCAGAUGUGACAUCGUUCACAAUCACGGUUCAUAAUACCGGAAAGCGCGGAAAGGAGUCCGAGGUGGCAGAAUUAACAAUAGAAUUGGCGAAUCUUGCCAACGGUGAAGAGAUAGAGGAAUGGUAUCCCCUUGUAGGUAUGACACCUAUUGGAGAAUGGGGGUCUUUAAGGCUGCGUAUUAGGUACAUGCAAGAACUAGUAAUGCCUCGCGAAGAAUACAAUCCGUUGCGUCAGCUGCUACUAGAACCGGGCAUUCCAGCUGUGAAGGCGUUAUCCGACCUUUGCCGCACCGAUCGACAACCGUUGGCUACUUCGGUACUACAUGCGUUUGCCGAAUGCGGGCGCGCCGCAGAGUUGGCCCGCGAGCUGGUCAGUGCAGAGGUGGCGCGGGAGACGGACCACAGGUCGUUGUUCCGCGGCGCCUCUUUGGCCACGGCCGUCGUCGACGAAUUCAUGCACUCACAGUGCAAACAGUUCUUACAGGCGGCCAUUGUCGAGACAGUGCAGAAGUUAAUAGAUGCAAAGCAAACAGCUGAACUGAACCCCACGAAAAUGGACUCUCCGGACGACGCUUGCAACAAUGCCGAGUUCUUACUUAUGAUCCUUGACCAGAUAACAUUGUCAAUUUUCACUUCUCCCGAAGCCUGCCCGCGGCCUGUACGAUACUUGUGCGGCUGCCUACAGCGCGCCGCUGUUGCGAAGUGGCCCAAUGAAAGAUUCGUACGCACCAGAGUUGUUUCUGGCUUUAUUUUCCUGCGCCUGAUCUGUCCGGCGCUGGUGGAGCCGCGCGCGUGGGGGCUGGUGAACGUGGUGCCCCCGCCACACGCUCAGCGGUCGUUGCUCAUGGUCGCUAAGUGCCUGCAGAACCUUGCCAACCUGAUCGAGUUCGGGGCUAAGGAACCCUACAUGGAGGUCGUGAAUCCGUUUAUUCUAAAGAAUAAGGAGCGGAUGGUUGUAUUCUUGGAUCAACUUAGUUCAGUGCAAGAGCCUGGGAAUCCACCGCAGACUUCCAACAACGUUGAUAUCGCAAAAGAAUUAGCAACGCUCCACCACAUCUGCGUGUCACACCUAACCGAGCUACAAGGGCUGGCGAAAACCCAACCGGCCAUCAGGAAGUUGGUGACUGUCACUGAAAUGCUCACCAAACACAAGCACAAGUAUCUGGAGAUGAUCAGAUAGAAUACGUUUAAUUUUAACACAGGGUAACAAAUAUCUUCACCGGCCGCGCGGUAGCAGUAGUAUAGUAGUCCUCGAGCUUAGGACGGGGCGUUACGGUGGUUUUACACAACUACAACACAACGCAUUGUGCUGCCAUCUACAGUCGCGUAGUCUUUUUUGGCUUUAGCUUUUUAUUUAUGCUGACUCUCAGAUUGGUUGAUAAAAAUCUUGUUCUAAUGUUAUACCUAGAGUUUAAUAACUACAUCGCUAUUAGGGGUUGGAAUUUGCCUGAAGAUACGCAUGAGUACCACGUCCAUAUGGGAUAUCGUUAACACAUUUCUGCAAGAUGCGUUUUGUGACAAGAGUGGACUUCAAACCUAAAAAUUAAAUCAGAACUACAACCAUUCUUUUCAUAGUUAGUUCUCAGAUAAGGAAUAGAACUUUAAAAGAUUUCAAGAAUCCUCAAUAACAAGUAUAACAUUACUGUAAUUAUUACCCUCUAUUAGGUUGUCAUAUUUAUUAAUUACAAAUUCUGUUUUUUAAAUACGCAUUUAUGUAAAUGCAAAAAUUUUAACAGUUAGCAGAAGUAGCAAUUUAUAGAGUCAGCAAAAGUCGCAUUAAUACGAAUUUGUUUUCCAGUUUCGUCGUGCCAAACUCACGCUAGCUAAGUGUGGUAUUAAAAUAAUUAAAAAACUCGGUAAUUAUUAAUUUUCAGUACUGUUUUUUAAUGCCCAAUCUUUGUGACGAUUGCGUUGUUAACCUACUUCAUUCUAAUGUAUUAAUUGAAUAUAAUUAACAUUAUAUUUUGUCGCUUAUCUCAAAAAAGCUCCUUCGUAAUAUUUUUUUUAUUAAUCAGUGCAUCAAUUAAAAGUUUACCUAGUUGAUAUUAGACGUGGCUAGAGUGAAUAACUCCAAAGUUUGGAAUUUACAAAAUAGUGCUUUAUUUAAAAUGCCUUCUGAUUUGAAUUAUAAGCGAAAAUGAAUUCAAACAGCUCUCUAGUGUUUAAUUGU